UUCGAAGUCGUGCAUUUGUUGUGAAACAACGUAUAACGUGCAGUAGAAAGUAGAUGGAUACCAUCAUCAGGUCGACGAAUGGUUUAUGUCAGUGAUGAGUGGUCAUUGACUAUUCACUUAUGUGAUCAUAAGAAUUUUAUUUUUCGUCCAAGUUUAUUUUCGUAUUGAAUUUUAUUGUACAUAAUGUCUUAUUUAAGCUCUGAUUACAGAGGCAAAGUGAAUAAUUUGUCCUUUAACCAGGAUAAUGGCUGUUUUUCAUGUGCAAUGGAUGAUGGAGCCAGAAUAUAUAAUGUUGAACCCUUAAGGGAAAAGUUGCAUUUAGAUGCUGCAACCGUGGGCAGUGUUUCGCUGUGCGAAAUGCUUAAUCGAACGAAUAUUGUAGCCAUUGUUGGGGGCAGUGGUCCUAAGCAGAAGUAUGCUGACAAUACAGUUCUACUUUGGGACAAUUUGGCUAAUAAAUUUGUUGCUGAAGUUACAUUUUCAACACCAGUUCUGAGUGUUCGGCUAAAGAAAGAUAGGUUAUUUGUAGCUGUAUAUUCUAAAGUACAUGUGUUCAGCUUUCCUUGUGAUCCAAGAAAACUUUUUUCCUUUAAUACAGGAGCUAAUCCUAGAGGAUUACUUCAAGUUAGUCCUUUUCCAAGCUCUGAACGCCAAGUAUUAGUGUUUCCUGGUAGUUAUGCUGGUAGCAUUCAAAUUGUGGAUUUAUCAAAGAUAAAUUCCACCACUUCUGGUGCUCCCAUAGUUAUAGAUGCUCAUACUACAGAAAUUGCUUAUAUUGCUCUUAAUCGACAAGGCACUCUUGUUGCUACAGCAUCAAUAAAGGGUACUCUUAUUAGAGUAUUUGAUACAUUAUCAAGACAAAAAAUUAUUGAAUUGCGACGAGGGUCUGAUUCAGCUGCAUUUUACUGUAUAAAUUUUAGUUGUGACUCAGACUAUUUAUGUGCGUCCAGUGAUAAGGGUACUGUUCACAUUUUUGCUUUGAGACAAGCCUCUUUGAACAAAAGACUUUUACCUUUUACCGGAAAAUUAUCAGCUGCAUGGGUGGGCUCGUAUGUUUCUGAAUCACAAUGGGCCUUUGCAAACUUCACAGUUCAACAGGAAAAUAAAUGUAUAUGUGCUUUUGGGCCCAAUUCAACUGUCUAUGCUGUGUGCAAGGAUGGGUCCUUUUACAAAUAUGUUUAUACGAGUGAUGGCAGUUGUAAUCGAGAAGCAUACGAUCUAUACUUAGAUUUGUGCAAUGAUUACAAUUUUGGAUAAAAAAAAAGUCCAAAUUAUUAUUGGGUGGUUUUUUAUGCGGAAGAAAAGAACAAGAAAAUUUAGUCUUCGCACCAUAAAAUUAUUCUGCAAUUGAACUUUCACCAUGAUCAAUUCAGCUCUUAAAAAAUGGUAAUAAUGAAUAUAAAUGAAAAGUAAGAGCUUGUAUUUCAAAUCAUCACAUAUGUCUUUCAAAAGUGGUUAUCAGAAUUUUCAAAAGUGGCUGGAAGUUGAAAAAUACUCUUUAUUUAAUAAAAAUUGAGAUUCAGUACAUGUAAUGGGAAAACUAACUCAUUUUUAAACAGUUAUUUAAAAAUCUGAACUGUCAAAAUAAUAUAAAUGAAUUGUAUGCUUUAAAAAAAAUUGAAUACCAAUUUCCCAGACUUUUUCUCUGGCUAUUAGUGUGCUCAGGACCAUAAAAACAACCAAAAUGAUGAAUAUGAACAUCUGUAAUUUUGAAAAGAAGCAGAUUUCAUUAUUCUUUUUCUAAAAAAAACCUAGUCUUUGAAUUUUGGAUUCCUGGACUGAAAAGGAAGCAUGCUAGAGAAGCCGUUGUUUGCAAAUGAAUGUGUGGUCAUUGCACAAUAGAGUGUUGUGAGCUGUUUUAUUGGACAUGCAAAUUAUGAAUAUAUAUCUGGAAUGAUAUAUAAUAUUGAAUGUUUUUCAAAGAUAUUGUAUGUUAAAAGUCCAAAGAUCAUAGAGGAUUUAUAGAAACCUUUAUGUAAAGCACUGUACAACUGAAUUAAUGUGUAAACUGUUUGUAAAAAUUGACAUUUAUUCACAUGAAGCCCUGGUAACAAAAAUGCUUUACAUUUUUUGUUUUUGACCAUUGAUUUUUUUUAUUGUAAAUACCAUAUUAUAUGGGUUUUUUUCUUUAUUAAUUUUUAGUUCUCCAUUAGCCUUUUUGAAGUAGUAUUUGAUUUAUAUUGCAAUAUAUAACUCCAAGCUUCUUCAGUUAUGAGUUUUUCAACACUUAAUGGAACAGUAUUAGAGUAUCAAGAAAGCACUUUACAGCAUCUUCUUUAAAAUCCAUUACAUUGGUAACAAAAAAAAAAAAAAAAAAAAAAAAAAAAAAAGAUUAUAAGAAGCUUAAUCAAACAUUUUCUCAUCAAAAUCUUUAAUUUUUAAAAAAAUAAAUUGCUCAUUUUGUUAUAAGGUGUGUUUUUUAAAUAUAUAUAUAUAUCUACUUAAUUUUUAAAAAUGAUUCUUGGAUUUAAAUUAUAAAACUUUGAACUUCUUCAAUUGUGGGUUGCGAUGCUAAUAGAUAAAUUAGCAUUGCAAUACACAUUGCAAUUUAAAAUAGUAUUAGAAGUAGCAGAAAGCUUUUCACAACAUGCUCUUUAAAACUAAUAAAUGGUGGUAAUCCAAAAAACAUUGAAAAUAAUUGGUUAAAAUAGUUCCAUCAAGAUCUGCCAAAUUAUUAAAAAUAGUAAUUUGACAGACUGAAUUUGCUUCAUUUUUUUCUUACUUCCCAUUUCUGGAAUCACUGAAAAUAUUUCAAACAAAAAUUGUCUGAUGAAAAUUUUUUCCUUACAAUGUAAAGAAAAAUAAUAAGCUCUGCAUCAUUUUAUUCAAAAUUUGCUACUUUUUAAAUUUUUACUAGUUUACACCAAAACUUUCCUAAUAAUCUUGAGUAUUGCUUUAAUUCUUUUAUUUAAACCCUUUCGCCCAUAAUAUUAAAACUUGGGACAUGAAAAAAAACUGCUGAACUGUUCUUUGAAUACCAUUUAGUGGGCUCUGCUAAUAAAUGAAAUAUUUUGUGUGUGUAUUUAGCAAUUUCUAAUGAAUUCAGUGGUAAAUGUAUAUCUGUAAAGUAUUGAUUUUGUGAAUGAGAGAUUGUACAGUGCCAUUGUUUGUUCCUGCAUGCAACAUUUUUGCUUAUUAAGGCAACUAAGUCAUGAUAAUUGUAUAUAUAGAGUUGCAUGAUACGAGAUUUUAUUAAACCUGUCCUUGAAUGCGCAAAACUUUUUGAUGAAUGUGAUUCUGUACAGUAAACUAUGUCGAAUAGGGAAAAUACUGUUUUCUUGCCUUCCCCCCUCAUAAAAAUUAUUAUAUAGAAAAUGUGAUCUUCUAUUGGCUAUUAUUUUAAUGAUGUUUCUGUUACUUUAAAUCGAAAUUUAUCUGAACUUUCUCGUGGUUCAUUUUUUUAAACUGAGUAUGAAAUUUAUUGUUCAUGAAUGAUCAAUUUCAGUAUUAAAUUAGCUGUAAGUUCUUUUUUAAUGAAAUUUGUUUGAUUUUAGCUCUGCCCUUCCUCUCCUUUUUCAGAAAAUACUAUGCUUAUAGUAUAUUGCAUGUAAGUGCAAUUGCUUUUUUUUUUUUUUUUUUUUUUUUUUUAGAGAGGGGUUUUUAAAGUGGUUGUUUUUUUAAGGGGAGGGGAGUUUAAUGAUACAAUUUGUUGCAUCUAAUUCAGUUAUUAAGAAUUAAUAUGUAUCAUUCACUUGAUGGAAAAGUAUGCAAGAUUUUCCAUGUUUUUGUAUGAAGAACUUCAAGUCAUGUAUUUUUGUCCUUGAAAUAAUGUUAUAAUUUCAUUUAAAUAUAUGUCACUGGUGAUUCAUAUUUCACUAAGGCAAGUAACAGUGAUAAACCAAAAUUGGCAAGUUUCAAAGACAUCUUUUAUUAAUUCCAAUUUAUUGUUUUCUUCCACAUGGAUAAAGCCAUUUCUUGUUCAUAAGCAACUUUUUCACAGUUUAAAUUGAAUUCAUAAUCCUUGUUUAUUCAUUUCACACAUAAAUUUUGAAGAAAUAAGAAAUGAAGCUGUGUCUUCUGAUCCAACUAUUUUAUUUCUUGUAUCAGUAAUGUAGUGUUAUUACUUACUUUUGGAAAAACAAUGUUUAUAUUAUUGUUUUUAUAUACACUUUUGUCUUAUAAGAAUCUGCUUAGAUGACUUCCAUGAAUCAUAGAUAUCUCAAAUUUUUAGUAAGUUGAUUCAAGAAUGGAAAACAUGCUUUGGAUUUGUUAAGACCUGUUAAAAGUUAAAUUUUUGAGGCUGAACAGGAAUACUUACACAAGUAUUAAUGUAAUACUUUGGAUCUUAGCUUUGUUUUCCUUCUGUUAUUGCUCAUACUAGUGUGUAUUUGCUGAUGAGACUAAUUAUUAUCUGUGAUUUUAUUUAUUUCUUAGUGAUAUUUUAUUUUGUGAUACUUAUAUCAAAUAGAGAAUAUCACAUUGAUGCCUCAUAGAAAAAUGGCAAAUUUUGUCAUUGUGUUAUUUAUGUAUAUAAAUUUUAAAAUGCUUGAAAGAAUGGUUGAUUUUCCCAAUAAUAUUCUUAGCAUUUUUUAAAUAUGUAUAAAAGAGUGAUAAUUCUUCUUAUUAAAUAUUUUAGUAUGUUUUUCCCAUUAGAUUGGCAAUCAGGAAUAAAUUUUUUUCUUCUUAUUGUGGCAUAUUUUUUAGAGCUAAAAAUUUGUCAAAAGCAAAUCUUUAAUUCUAUAUUGAUUGCUAUAAAUUGAAGCCUUAUGUAAAUAAUAUGCCAAUAUAUAUGUGUGCAUUUUAAAUAGUGUAUGUCUUGACGUAAAUAUCUGUACAUGAUAUAUCUAUAAACUAUUUAAGAGCUAUAAAUGCAUUGUCCAUUGUACUUUCAUUUGAAGUUAAAUGGGAAAUCAUUCAUUCUUGUUUAUCUUUAAAAAAUUGUACAAAGUAUAUUUUAAACUGAAUUGUUAUGUGAAUAAGCACAAAUAUGUAUAAUUCACAGUUGCCAACAAUCUGUUAGAUGUGCACUGUACAGGUGUUUAUAUAUAUUUUUAAUAAAUGAGUGU